AUUUAAUAGGCACUGUAGGCUUGUGUAAAGUAUUGGGAAUCUACAUUAAGCUUGGAACGGAUCAAUCCAAGUGUAGAGCUUCCCAAUGUUUGUGAGGCCUGGUAACAUAGGGAUAACCGGUAAAAGCGCUUUGAGUUGAUUGCGUAUUGAACUGCAGUGUGUCGACGUGUUAGUAUUGCGCAAGUAUAGUUAAGUUGGGGUGAGUGUAUGUUUUAGUAUAUGUUAAUGCAUUUAAGGAUAGUGUGAUAAGUGUUAAGUUGUUGUGGGGUUAAUAAUUAAUAGGUGUCGUGGUGAUAACAUUUUUUUUGGAGUUUGUGUCUGUGAAGUUAAAAAACCUUGAGUGUGUGUUAAUAAUUGACAGUGUGCGUUCCCUUUCCGUCCUUUGAAGCAGAGAGAGAGUGUGUGACGGGGAGACAAAGCCUCGCUGUUCAGUGUCUGUGUGUGUUUGUUUGUUUUUGAACAGUCUGGGGAGAGCCGUUGGGUGAGUGCUGUCUAGAUUAAACAUUUUUUGCAACAUUUUAACAUUUCAUUUUAACUAUCAUUCUAUCAUUUUUGGUAAUUGUGGACAUUGCGGUAAUUUUUGUUGAUGUAAUUUGUGAAGGUUAGAAUAACGAUCCGCACUGUGGUUGGGACUGGUGGAGCAGAUCACAGAGAGUGUGCAGAUCGUGGCCGUUCUUCGAUUAAAAAGAAAAAGGGGGAAGCAGUGCUAACUGCUAAAUUGGUUGAGACUCCAAAUUGGGCCCGGAGACUAGCUUUGUUCCUCUUCGAGUGUUCACUUCUCCUAUCUGUGUGUAUGUGUCACAGCUGUUAAGAGCAUUAGGCUCGAGAGUGUGUGUGUUUCAGUAUACAGGGCUAUAGGCUCUGGGUGGGUGUGUGUGUGUGUGAAAGUGUGUGCAAGUGAGAGAAAAAGGUGACGUAUCACAUUAAUCAUUUUUGAGUUAUAGAGGGGUGUAGAGAUAAAGUCGCGGGAGAAUAAGGUAAAUGAAAAAUUAAGUAAAUAAAGAAUUAAUAGAAAAAAAAAAUCACUUUCAUUCUCAUUUUCAUUCUCAUUAAAAUUCAUUUCUGGUUGUUUGCACAAUUUACAGCAUACAUUUCACCAGUGCUUUUUCUCCAGAUAUAGGAAUAAUGGCUGCACUCAAAGACACGUCUCCAGUUGCGAUCUUGGGGAGGAAACAUCCUCUCCUUUCUCAGGAGAUUGAGAAGUAUUCCAAGAAAUGGAAUAAGCGGACGGGUAAAGCUCAGUCACCCUGGCCAUCCGAUGGAACAUUCGAUCAUGAGCAAUGUGUGGAGAUGGAAGUGUUAAUAAAAAACUACAAAAUAAAUGAUAAAUCUACCAAGCGACUGUGUAAACGUGAGCGUGAGGUUGCAAUGCUAAAGUUAUUCACAGAUCAAGCCCAACUCCUGAGGGAGAAAACAGCUGAAUAUGUGAAAAAACAGAUUGAGCGGAGAAAAGAGGAGAGAAAAAAGGGAGAAUCCUUAAAAGCAGAGCCCCCAUCUUAUGCUGCACAGAUGCCGGUGCGGGAGAUCAGACUAUUAGGAGACUAUUCACUUAGGUCCGGUAAAUCAGGUAAAAGCAUCUAUCCCAUUAAUGAGUUAAAGAAGGUCAGGGAAAGAGAGAGAGAGCUAGAUGACAUAGAAGACUUACCUGCCACGUAUGCUAAAGCAGUUCAGCUUGCAGGGAAAGACACUCGUCGUAUUAGUGGCUUACAUGAUAAGGUAAUGCAUGACAUAAAACAAUCUGAGUGUGCACAGGACGGCAGCGAGGGCGAGGAGCAAGGCGAAGAAGAAGGAGCAACUGGGGAGAGUGAAAGAGUCCGAAGAUCCCUGGCAGAGGUACAGUACUCUAAAUUGCCAGAUCCAAGUAUGGUCUCUACCCCUCGCUAUCUGCAGGCUGGAGCUAAGCCCAAGCAGGCCAGGAUAAAGGAAAAGAUGCCCCGUCCUGAGGCCUUUGCCCCUGGCAGUGAAGUAGUAGAAGAGCACGGACAGAUGGAAGGCGUCAUCACGCUCAGCUCCAAGGGACAUCCAGUGUCAGCAGAGGUAGUAGAGGAGGCGUCCGAAUACCCCCUGCUGGCCAAAGGAGCAAAUCUGCAGUAUGUGCCCUGGCCAACCAUGGAUCUGGAAGGGCUGGUGCAGAGACUGCCAUGUCUGCAUGAUGGCGCCGGGAAAUGGGUAGCAGCCUUCGAAGAAGAAACCAUAGCCACCAUCCUGGCAGUGGGUGACCUCAAGGCCCUCCUUGGGAAGGUGCUGGGGAAGCAGGAGAUGGAGGAGACGCUGAGAUCGGCGCAGAUGAAUGCCUAUGCAGGUACACAAGCACACAAUGGAGAGUUGUUCAACAGGCAUCGCAAUGCGCUGUGGACAGCUCUGAGACUUCGUUAUCCAACCAGAAUUCAGCCUGAUAGCAUUGUAGCUGUGCCAAUAAAAGAUGAUGAGAGCCCACAAGCCUAUGUUCACCUCACUCAAAAAGAAUGGAUCAGACAAACAGGUGGAAGACCUGAUGAGGACAUUUUCCAUAGGCAGGCUCUCAGAAAAAGAAUUGUUGAUGGUUUGCCCUUGCCUGCACAAAAAGCAGCAGGAUGAAGAGACGGUGAGAAAACUGACCCAGCAGCAGCUAACUGAAGGGAGGAAAAAGAUCCAAGCAGUGGUUCAGCCUGUGACUGCAGCUGGACAUGCAUCUCCCCCCACCAUCACAGCCCCACCUGCU